AUGUCGACCCCUCAGUUCUUCAAUUACCCCGGCACCGAGGCCAACUCCGAGAGCUUUCACUACUCCCAGGCCGUGCGAGUGGGCAAUACCGUCAAGACCUCUGGACAAGGAGGCUGGGAUGCGAACGGUUCCAUCACUCCAGACGUGGAAACGCAAGUCGCCAUCGCCUUUGAAAAUGUCGAGAAGGCGCUCCAGUCUGUGGACAGCCGGCUAUCGUGGCAGAACGUCUACGCCGUGCGGAGCUAUCAUAUCAACGUCGAACAGACCUUCGACGUGGUCACGGCCAACUUCAAGCGAGUCAUUCCCAAUCACCGCCCCAUCUGGACCUGUGUGGAGAUAGGCAAACUCGGGAUUGAGGGGAUGCUCAUUGAGAUCGAAGUGGAGGCGGCACUGCCAAAUUAG